GAGGCAACGCCGCUCCGCGCCCUUCGCCCGCCGGGACCCGCGGAGCGGCGGCGGGCGGCGGCGGAGCAGGAGCAAGGGGAGGAGGAGGAGGAGGAGGAGGAUGCUGCGCGCCUUGGUGGCGGUGUCCCUGUGGCUGCGGGUGAGCCCGCGGGCGCAGGGCGCGCCGUGCGAGGCGGUGCGCAUCCCCAUGUGCCGCCCCAUGCCCUGGAACAUCACCCGCAUGCCCAACCACCUCCACCACAGCACCCAGGAAAACGCCAUUCUCGCCAUCGAGCAGUAUGAGGAGCUGGUGGGUACCGGCUGCAGCCCGGUCCUCUCCUUCUUCCUCUGCGCCAUGUACGCCCCGAUCUGCACCCUGGAAUUCCUCUAUGACCCCAUCAAGCCCUGCCGCUCCGUCUGCCAGCGCGCCCGCGACGGCUGCGAGCCCAUCAUGCGCCGGUACAACCACAGCUGGCCCGAGAGCCUGGCCUGUGACGACCUCCCCGUCUACGACCGCGGCGUCUGCAUCUCCCCCGAGGCCAUCGUCACCGACCUGCCGGAGGAUGUGAAGUGGACAGACUUCACACAGGGUAUGCUGGUGCCGGAAAAGCCCCUGGAGCCCGACUGCAGGAGCCGUGGCCAGGAGCGAUGCAGGUGCAAAAAGACAAAGCCUACACUGUCAACCUACCUGGCCAAGAACUACAGCUACAUCAUUCAUGCCAAAGUGAAAAGCGUAGAAAGAGGGAAUUGCAACGAGAUAACGACCGUGGUUGAAGUCAAAGACACGCUGAAGUCUUUGACCCCUAUUCCUCUGUCUCAAGUGCCUCUUCUUACAAAUUCCUCCUGCCAGUGUCCACCUCUCCAGCCGAAGCAGGAUGUUCUCAUCAUGUGCUAUGAAUGGCGCUCAAGGUUGAUGCUUCUUGAUGGAUGUCUAGUUGAAAAAUGGAAGGAUCAACUGAACAAAAGGUUUAAGAGAUGGGAACAGAGACUGCAAGAGCAAAAGCUGCGAACGGCCCGCAGUAAGAACCAGAACGCAGGACGCAGUGGUCGGAGUGGAGCCCCAAAGCCAUCAACCAAGAACAGCAGCCCCUUGGUCAGUGGCCCCAAAAAGGCCAUUAAAACAAGAAAUGGACAGAAGGAAGUCAGCCCUAAAAGAGUAUGAGUGUGAAAUUUCCAAAAGGAAAGACUUUCCCUGCACAAUGAGGAUCAGAAUCUGGCUUGUUUGACUUGUUGUAUUAAUCCAGAACUCAUCAACCUAAAAACUCACGGCAGUUUCUACAUAGACUUGUGUUUUUUGCUGCACUUUACUUUUAAGAGGUUUGCUUUUCCUGUUUCAAGCCACUGCAAGCCAUAGAGUGUAGGUUUGCACUAAUACAAGGUAGGCAUAUUCAAGCUGACUGAGCUUUAUCUUAGGGCUCUGAUUUGUGAUUCUAGGUAGAUCUAGCCUUGGCUGGCAGAGGUUUCACUCCUUGUGCCCAUUGACUGCUCUGCUUCCCUGCCAGAUGUUGGAGAGUUGACUCUAGGUGGUCCUGCUCUGGCAGAGGGGUUGGACCAGAUGAUCUUUCAAGGUCCCUUCCAGCCCUUAAGACUCUGUGAUACUGUGAUCUCUUCUCUCCUCAGAAAGUGCACCAGCACAGUAGUUGGUGAGUUAGUCUGGCGCGCUGAAAGCAAUGGGCAGCUGCAGGAUGGUAACCUCUGGCAGACAUCUCAGGCAGCAACUGCAGCAGCUGCUGAAGCCAAGUCUACCUGCUAUUUGGAAUCAGCCCUUUUUCAGAGUGUUCAAAAGCAUAGUUUACCAAUAAGCACCUGGGCAUGCCAAAAAUAUGCUUACAGUGUUAAUAUUUGAUCUUGUGGGUUUGUGUAGCAAAAAAUGCAUGGAAAGCACACAUUUAAUUUUUCUGUUGUACUUCAGGCUGGCUUCUGUUGUUAUCAUUUCAGAUGUAUUUAAGCAUCUAAUUGAAAAAAAAUCAGUAUUUUUUAAAAGGACAGAUUAAAGUGAAGCAGAUCUGUAGAAUUCUAAAAGCAACACAUAUUUGCUGUAAUAUGGCUUUGUUGUGAAAACUGGAAUAGAAGCGUUAUUCUAAACAUAACUGACAGCUACUGUACAGUAUGAAGGAGAAGACAGGGCUUCAUGUGGCUCAGUUUCAUUUGGGUAAUUUUUUGUCUUUUGACACCAUAUUUCUAAACCUUGC